AGGAUUGACGUCAGGACUCUCCGCCCUGCCACUUCCUCUUUCACAGUGGCCGUCAGCGAGAGGCACCAUGAAGGCGUCUGGCACACUUCGGGAAUAUAAGGUUGUUGGGCGUCUGCUGCCCUCUGCUAAAAAUCCUGCACCCCCACUGUAUCGCAUGAGGAUUUUUGCCCCCAACCAUGUGGUGGCCAAGUCUCGCUUCUGGUACUUUGUGUCCCAGCUGAGGAAGAUGAAGAAAGCUUCCGGAGAGACCGUCUACUGCGGCCUGGUUCAUGAGAAAUCCCCCCUCAAGGUGAAAAACUUUGGCAUCUGGCUUCGUUAUGACUCUCGCAGUGGAACCCAUAACAUGUACCGCGAGUACAGAGACCUGACCACGUCUGCAGCCGUCACUCAGUGCUAUCGUGACAUGGGUGCCCGGCAUCGUGCCCGCGCUCACUCAAUCCAGAUCAUGAAGGUGCAGGUGAUUCCAGCCAACAAAUGCCGCAGACCCGCCAUCAAGCAGUUCCACGACUCCAAGAUCAAGUUCCCUCUCCCUCACAGGGUUCUGCGUCGCCAGCACAAGCCUCGCUUCACCACCAAGAGACCAAACACUUUCUUUUAAAGUGUCUGUUUGUCUUUUCAUAUUACUGGCGAAUAAACAAAGUGAAGAAAAAAAACUU